AGAGGACGUCAUGUUGAGGAAACGAAACCUAAAGCACACCGACGUAUAAGCAGUUCUGUCUUUCAGGAGAUAAUAACACGCAUUAAAUAGUCCGACGGACAGAAACAACAACAAGGAAUGGCCUCUGCUAACGCUUCCGGGUCUGAAGAGAACUUUUCAUGUUCCAUCUGUCUAGAUGUGUUCAACAGUCCAGUUUCCACACCAUGUGGACACAACUUCUGCAAAAACUGUAUUACAAAGACCUGGGAUGAAAAAGUCCGGUUCAAGUGCCCUCUUUGCAACAAGGCUUUCAAAAGAAAACCUGAUUUACGGAUUAAUACCCUCUUAUCAGAGCUGGCCGCUCAGUUUCAAACAUCCAAACGAGUAAAAUAUCAGCUCUGUGUUAAACCCGGAGAAGUUCCCUGUGACGUCUGCACUGGGACCCAGCUGAAGGCCAUGAAGUCCUGCCUAGUGUGUUUUAUCUCUUACUGCCAAACCCACCUGGAGCCACAUCAAAGAUUCGCAGUUCUUAAGAAACAUCGGCUGGUCGAGCCUAUGGACCUUCUGGAAGACAGGAUGUGUAAGAAACACGACCGACUUCUGGAGCUCUUCUGCCAGACUGAACAGGUGUGUGUGUGUCUGUUCUGCCGAGUGAAAGACCACAGGUCCCAUCCUGUUGUACGUCUAACGGAGGAAUAUGAAGUGAAGACGGCCCAGCUGGGGAAGAUAGAGGCUGAAGUUCAGCGGAUGAUCCAGGAGAGACUAAAUAAUAUUCAGGAGAUUAAAGACACAGUUAACCGCAGCAAAGCAGAUGCAGACAGAGAGAUAGCCGAUGGUGUGCACGUCCUCACUGCUCUGAAGCGCUGCAUUGAAAAGUGCCAGGAUGACCUCAACCAAAUGGUUAAAGAGAAACUGAAAUCCACAGAGAAACAAUCUGAAGACCUCAUCAAAGAGCUGGAGCAGGAGAUAGAAGGUCUGACCAAUAGAAGCUCAGAGGUGAAGCAGCUCUCACACACUAAAGACCACCUCCACUUCCUCCAGACCUUCAGAUCCCUGAAGGAUCCUCCACCCACCAGGGACUGGACCACGGUGGAGGUCCGUCCUCCGUCAUACGUAGGGACCUUGAGGAGAUCCCUGGAUCAGCUGGAAGAGACACUGAACAUGGAGAUGAAGAAGCUGCGUGAUGCUGAGCUGAAGAGGGUCCAGCAGUAUGAAGUAGAUGUGACUCUGGAUCCUGAUACAGCUCAUCCCCAGCUCAUCCUGUCUGAGGAUGGGAAACAAGUACAUGAUGGAGGUGUAGCAACGGCCCUCCCAUACAACCCUAAGAGAUUUACAAAAAAAAUACGUGUUCUCACGAGACAGAGCUUCUCCUCAGGGAGAUUUUACUUUGAGGUUCAUGUUAAAGACAAGACUGCGUGGCAUGUAGGAGUGGCAAGAGAGUCCAUCAACAGAAAAGAUCUGACCAUAGAGAUCCCUGAGACAGGUUACUGGACUCUCUUCUCCUACAAGGAUGGGUUGGUAUUUAGAGAUAACCCUGCUGUCCGUCUCCCUCUGAGAGCUGAGCUCCAGAAGGUGGGGGUGUUUGUUGAUUAUGAUGAGGGUCUGGUCUCCUUCUAUGAUGUGGAAGCCAGGGUUCAUAUCUACUCUGCUACUGGCUGCAGCUUUACUGAGCCUCUCUAUCCAUUCCUCUGCCCAUGUUUACAUGGGGAAGGUAUAAACUCUGCCCCCCUGAUAAUCUCACCUGUCAAUCAAACAGAGUAGGACCUUUGUCUGUUAAUAAAAUAAUCAAACGACCAAAACAACUAAUGUUGUUUCCUGAAUUAGAAUCUUUACCAUGUGAGAUCUGAGAGAACUAUUAAUAUCUUACUGCUG